AUGUCUGGUCGUGGUAAAGGUGGUAAGGGACUUGGAAAGGGAGGCGCUAAACGCCAUCGGAAGGUGCUUCGGGAUAACAUCCAAGGUAUUACCAAACCGGCUAUUCGUCGUUUGGCGCGCCGUGGUGGUGUCAAGCGUAUUUCUGGGUUGAUUUACGAAGAGACCCGUGGCGUGUUGAAGGUGUUUUUGGAGAACGUGAUCCGUGAUGCUGUUACUUACACUGAGCAUGCUAAACGUAAGACGGUUACAGCCAUGGACGUGGUGUAUGCUCUGAAACGCCAGGGCCGCACUCUGUACGGAUUUGGUGGUUAG